AUGGGAGGGAAAGGAGGCUCGUCGUCUCCGUCCUCUUCACCGGCGCUUCCCGUCUGUUGCAUGUGCGGUGAUCGCGGCCUGUCAGAGGAACUCUUCCGAUGCAGAUCCUGCCUCGUUAGGUUUCAGCACAAAUACUGCAGCAAUCUCUACCCGAGAGCUGAGUGCUAUCGCGCGUGCAAUUGGUGCUUAAGCGAUCGAAAAGAAAAUAAGCCCGUGGCAGACUCCUCCAUAGAUCAGAUCAACUCCGUGUCUUCCCCCUCUAAUAGCAAUGGUGGAUUCGGUUCAGGAAAUGAGUUACAACGCUGUUCCUCACCGUCCCCAUUGCACCACGACAAGCCCAUCAAGAAGCAAAGACUGCCCGACAAAGCAUCAUCGAGCUCGAUCGAAAGCGUGAGAUCCGAGACGCGGACGCAACCCAAGCAAGCCUUUCGAGGUAGAGUCAAGAGGAUUGCGGCUACCAUUUCGGCCUUUCAAACAGUUUUUUGGGGGCGUUACAAUCUUUCUGAUAAUUUAGAUUCCUGUGGAUCCAUCAAGUUGAGCCCCCAAAGUUCAAGCACAACAGUCUUUGAGGGCGUCGGGGUCACCACCGGUUCCGGUGAUGCAUUCCCCCUCACGGGCUGUCACUAUGACGGACCAGCAGGACUGGAGGAUCCCUCGUGCAUCUCGAAUUGGAAGAACCCGAAAGGCUACACGAUUUCUUUGGACAAGCGUCCGGCUGCGGAUGGCAGGGAUCUCCGGGAAGUGCAGGUCGAUGACAACUUGGCGAAGCUCUCCGAGGCCUUGUAUGUGGCGGAGCACAAGGCAAGAGAGGCUGUUGCAAUGCGAUCAAAGGUGCAGAGGGAGAUGAUGAUGAAUGAGAAAGAAAGAAAGAAAGAAAGAAAGGAGCCGGAGCAGGAGCUCCGUGCAGUGGCUCAAAAGGCUCGUUCUGAGACGACCGGCAAUGCUUCAGCACCUGCCGAUACUGAAACAGGAGAACAAGAAGAACAGCACAAGGAGACAAUCGAGGAACGGAGAGAGCGGCUGCAGCGCGAUCAAAUCCGUGAAGAGCGUAGACGUGAGAGGGAGAGGGAGAGAAGGUUGGAGAAUAGGGAUGCCGCAGUGGCGAAGAAGAGCAAGACCACCAGGGAUAGGAAUCGAGAUGUCAGUGAGAAGGUUGCUCUGGGCAUGGCUAAUAACAUACUUGGGGGUGAGGAGGUCACAAUAUACGAUCAGAGGCUCUUUAGCCAGGACAAGGGCAUGAAUUCUGGGUUCGCUGCCGAGGACCAGUACGACGUAUAUGAUAAGGACCUGUUCACGGCACAGCCCACAGUAUCUACGCUAUGCAGGCCACAGUGCUAA